AUGACAUUGGCCGUGUCAACCUCUGUACUUUCUCCCUUAGGUGAUCGUUUUAGGAUGCUAAAGGCCAAAGAAGCCGAUCUUAUUGUACAUAACAAGGAUUUAUAUGGAGAUAAGGAACAUUUAUCACAGCAAGAGUAUAUACGAGGAAUUAGCAUGUGGAACUUUAACUUGGAGGAUUUAAAGAAUCAAGCUGCACUUAUCAAUGAAUUGGAUGAAAUUUCAAAUGUAGAAGACCCGAAAGCUACAGAGCAACAAAACGGGGUCAAUGGUGUUACAUUACCAUCAGAAACGUUGGGAUGUUUUAAUGUAUGUGAAGAUGACGUGGCGACUGUUAGCCCAACUGGACAAGAUGAGAAUCCAUUAAGCCUUGUAAUGGCUCCUUUUCAGUCUUCACAGUUAUCAGGUCUGUUGUUAGUUACAUGA